AUGACCCGGCUUCUCAUUACAGGCGCUUCUGGCUAUCUCGGCGGGACACUUCUGAAUGACCUCAUCAAUAUACCCAACGUGGAGAUAUACGCCCUGGUGCGCACAGAAUCGCAGGCUUCCGCAGUCAGGAGUUUAGGUGUACGGCCGGUCGAGUUUGAUCUUAUGAAUCAGACCGUAAUCCAAAAGGCGGUUGAGGAGCUUGAGCUGACUAUUGUUCUGCAUCUCGCGGACGCAUUCAGUUUUGUUCCACCAGAAGCGUUCAUCCGAGGUCUCGCUACCGUUAAGCAAAAGACGGGGGAAAACGUUCAUUUCGUCCAUACGUCAGGUGCCAAAAUAUUUUCUAGCCAUACCGGUAUCAAUCAGCGUCUGAACGAUACGGAUGAUGUGUAUGCCACUCAGAAGACGACAAAGUCGCCUAUUCCUCUUAUGCAAACGCCCGUCGAUACAGUGACUUCUAUUCUGGAGCUUGGGGAUGAGCUGGGUGUCCGAACAUAUAUCUAUGUUCCUCCAAUGGUUUACGGUCCAGGCGAAGGGUUUGGGAACAAGAUCUCCAUACAAUUCGUAGGUAUUGUACGAGUAGGCCUUGCCUUGAGACGCGUAUACCAAGUCGCUAAUGAUACCGAUGAAUGGCCAUUGUGCCACAUCAAGGACGUCACAACGUUGUAUAUGGCCCUUGCUAGCGCUAUUCUCGAGGGGAAGGAUGUACCCCACGGCAAACAGGGCGGCUACUACUUCGCAGUGAACAACGAGUUUUCAUGGAAGAAGCUGUAUGAAAGCAUCGCCGCGAGUCUGGCCAAGAGAGGUCUCGUGGAUGACACUGCAGUGAUCAAGCCUUCUGCAGAAGAUUAUGAUAGGAUAGCACAGGUCCAAGGCGGCCCCAGGGAGGUUGUGGACAUCUCGAUUGCCGGCAGGUGCGCUUUGACUGGAGAUAAUGGAAAGCGUCUGGGAUGGGUGCCGAAGUAUGACGUUGACCAUCUUUACAGUGUUAUUGACGAGGAAGUCGAGUUCAUUCUCAGGCAUUUGAAGAAAUAG